GCGUGCGCAGUAAGCACAGCUGCGGCUCGCCUGCAGACGUCCUUCCGGGUCGGCGGCUCCGCCCUUCUCAAGAUGGCGCUGUUCUCCGUGUGGAAAGCGCGUGAGUGCUGGCGCUUCAUCCGGGCACUUCACAAAGGACCCGCAGCAACUCCGGCUCCCCAGAAGGAGAGUGGGGAUCGAGUGUUUUCUGGCAUUCAACCUACAGGAAUCCCCCACCUGGGAAAUUACCUCGGCGCCAUCGAGAGCUGGGUGAAGUUACAGGAGGAGUAUGACACAGUGAUAUACAGCAUCGUGGACCUGCACUCCAUCACUGUCCCCCAAGACCCCACCAUGCUGCAGCAAAGCAUCCUGGACAUGACUGCUGUGCUUCUUGCCUGUGGCAUAAACCCAGAGAAAAGUAUCCUUUUCCAGCAAUCUCAGGUGCCUGAACACACUCAGUUAAGUUGGAUCCUCACCUGCUUGGUGAGACUGCCCAGAUUACAGCACUUACACCAGUGGAAGGCAAAGGCUGCGAAGCAGAAGCAUGAUGGGACAGUAGGCCUACUCACAUACCCUGUACUCCAGGCCGCAGACAUUCUGUGCUACAAGUCCACACACGUUCCUGUCGGGGAAGAUCAAGUCCAGCACAUGGAACUAGUUCAGGAUCUAGCUCGAAGUUUCAACCAAAAGUAUGGGGAGUUCUUCCCUUUGCCCAAGUCCAUUCUCACAUCCAUGAAGAAAGUGAAGUCUCUUCGUGACCCUUCUGCCAAGAUGUCAAAAUCCGAUCCCGACAAACUUGCCACUGUCCGAAUAACAGACAGCCCAGAGGAGAUUGUACAGAAAUUCCGCAAAGCUGUGACGGACUUCACCUCAGAGGUCACCUAUGAGCCGGACAGCAGAGCUGGUGUCUCCAACAUGGUGGCGAUCCACGCAGCCGUGUCAGGCCUCUCCGUGGAGGAGGUGGUGCGGAGUAGCGCAGGCAUGGACACUGCACGCUACAAGCUGCUAGUGGCCGAUGCUGUGAUUGAGAAAUUUGCUCCAAUCAGGAGGGAGAUUGAGAAACUGAAAAUGGAUAAGGACCAUUUAAGAAAGGUUUUACUUGUUGGAUCUGCAAAAGCCAAAGACUUGGCCUCUCCUGUGUUCGAGGAGGUGAAGAAGUUGGUGGGGAUUCUGUAGCGGCUCAGCCAGUCACCUCUCUCCAGUCAAGGCAGCUUUCCCCCACAGAUUGUGGCCUGCUCGUAUUGAAUUCAGCUUGGUGAUCAAUGUUGCCAGCUGCACAACGUUCCAGUCACAUCGGCAAACGCGGUCAUCGGGAGAGCUGAGGCAGGCGCAGCCCUUGCACUCCAGUUAAAGGAGGCGCAGCUUUUGGUCUGAAGUAUUCCACAGACUUGAACAAUAACUGAGCCAUGAUAUGUGCUUGCUUGUGCAAUAUUUCCUGGAGCGGGUGCACUUUAUCUGUGCUGUGCAUGCAGGUCCUAUGCUACAGUCCUGAAUCCAGUGGGUAUUUGCGGUUCAUAAAGAGAGGUUGAUUCUUGCAGCUCAUGUGUCACUAUGAUGAUGUUUGUCCUGAUGUAUUUCAAUGGCUUAACUUGUGCCAGCAAGGUGGCUGAGGCUUAAGGCACCUGCUGCCAAACUUAAUAGCCUGAGCUCAGUCCACAGGGCCGCAUGGUGGAAGGAGAAACUGACUGGCAGGUCGUCCUCUGGCCUCCACUUGUCUGCCAUGGUACGAGUGUACACACACACACACACACCCCUAAAUCUGAAUAAAAAUACAAUAAUCUACUUGUUUCCUUUUUCUUGCAA